AUGGAAGUCGAUCGACGCAUUCGUGCGUACCUCGUCUUAGAAGGGAAUCUCCUCUUCGAAGAAGGAGCACGACUGGUGAAUCGGAAUUUGGGCGGUGUCGUCCAUCAAGUCAGUAUUUUACAAUUAUAUGGCAUCUUAUUCGAACAUUGUAAACAAGAGAAGUCGUGGUAUACCUUACUCUCUUUGAUCCCAAACUCCCCCCUUUUGAAGUAUAACGACUUCGUCAAAGAUUUUAAUAACUUAAGAAACAAAUUGGGCGAUCUCUACACCGAUGAGUCCCCACUCGUCCGAUGCGUUACCGGCCUCUCGCGAAUUAUCGCGCUUCGCGCGCAAUUAGUCGAGAUCUUCCCGAAGAUCCCAAAGGCACUUGAGAACCUUAAAAUGCCACUCGAGAACGACUCGGCGUAUCAAGACAUCUUCUCGAAGAAAAUUUUGUAUGACGAGAAGCGUGUCGAGGAGAUUGUCGACAGCGAGAAUUUGUAUUUAGUAGCGCUGAAGAGGAACAUUCUGAACGAGUUGAAGAUCAUCCGGAAAUUAUUGAAAGCGACGUGUGUGUUACGCAAACGGGAUUAUUACAACGUCGGUGUUCUUCACGGCGAAGUCACGCAACUUCUCUCGAGUUGGAAAGAAGAGGUUCAGAGCGAUUUACAAGGGUGUGACGAGUUAAUACCUCAAUCGAUGCGGACGUUUGCAGUAUAUCCCCUCUUUAAAAUGUUUAAUAAAUGGUUAGAAGCCCUUGGUGAUGUUGCUAAGAUGUCGGGGCUUGUUAACAUCGCCUCAAACUUCUUUGAAAAGCAAUUUGAGAAAGUAGUGAAGGACCACAUCGCGUUCUUCUAUUUCCAAAAGAUCGAAUUUGUCCAGCCCGUCACGUCAUUUCCAGCGGGACAGAAUGCACAUGUGAAAGAUGUCAUCUUACAAUGGCUCAAUACAACACCACUCAAAGAUGAAGAGAAGAAGUCUGAAGUGAUAGAAAUCGAAGGGAGAAGUGUAUUACUGUAUGCCGUCCAAUUCAAAACUGAAAUUGGUGUUUUACUCUCACAGAAGCUUGAAAAGAAAGAGAAAGUGUUUACUUCAAUGACAAACCUAUUUGAGAAUAUAUUAACAUUUAAUCAAGUCUUUCAGUAA